UGAGGUAAAGCAGAAGCAGCAGAAGGAAGAGUUCAUCACGUAUCUUUUUUCACAGUCGACUGUCUGUCUCUGCAGAGGUGAGACUGGCAAGUUAAUUGGUUCCCUCAGGCGCUGUUUUUUUUUCAACUUCUUUUUAAAAUCCAGCUUUUCGUGCCGUCUACUACACCUGCCUGCCAAAGCGCCAGUGCUGAUGGGCGCGGCUGGGACCGGUGCCCAAAUCAGUGUUUUGACUUGCCUGGGAAAGUUGAGCGAAAAAGGCACAAAAGAAGCGAGGACUUUGAGAACAUCCCACCGCGGCGCGUCAACUUCAUAUAAACACAUUAUACUCCUCCCGUGGAUCAGUCGGUCCAUCUUGAGAGGAGUCUGGAUUUGAUUGAUUGUUGCUGGAAUUGGCUGAAGAUAUGAUGGGAUGGACGAGUUAACAAGACAGAUGGACUUCUCAGGAGGCUUGUCAGAAGAAAAGGUUGUGACCGAAUCUGUAACCUCCACGACCAGACUGACUUCUCUACCACCAAAGGGAACCAGCGGAUCAAAUCACAGGAAUAUGUCCAGCAGUGCUGGAGGGCUGGGCUUGGAGAAGAAUGUCUUAACCCAGAACAGCAGUGGAACUUAUUUCUCUUCAUCCUCUGUAGGUGUGAACACCAGUAGCUACAGCUCCUCCUCAGGGGUUUACCUCGGAGGAGACUCCUCAGGAGUUGAUGGCGGGGGGAGCUACAUAGACGGAGAAGGGUACGGAAGUGGAGGAGGAGGCAGAGUCGGAGGCAGUUAUCUUGUGAGCUCGGUGUCAAAAGUCAGGUCCAGCUCGUCGGGUGGUGCCAGGAGAGCGCAGACUGCUGGCUUGUCAGGAGGCCUGUCGCCAGGUUUCCGGGAGAGGAAGAACAUAUCCAGCCGUUCGGGAGGAUAUGAUGGGAGUUCCAGUGCUAAUUCCUCCCCUGAAUUUACACGCAAAGAUUAUGGAAACUAUUGCUCCAGCACCACAAGAGGGAGGAGCGAAAGUAGAGAGAGCGAGAUCAGAGCCAGAUUACAAAGUGCCUCCCCCACUGCCUGCAGAUGGACGGAGCUGGAUGACGUGAAGAAGCUGCUGAAGGGACGCUCCAGCAGCGUCAGCCCCACUCGCUCCUCCAACACCUCCAUCACCCUGCCUGUCCCUAAAAAGGCUGGCGUGGAAACCAAGACCAUCUCUGUGGCCACUCAGUCGGAUUCGUCUUCACUUGGCUCUGGUGUGAGAUCAUGCCGGUUCCACACCAUUGACACAUCAGGCCGGUAUGAUACCAGUCUGACAACUGGCCAGUUUGAUACUGGUGUGAAAUCGGGCCAGCAUGAUGUCACUCUGAAAUCAGGCCAGUAUGAUACUGGUCUGAACUCAGGACAAUAUGACAUCAGUCUGAAAUCAGGGCAGUAUGACACCAGUGUGAGAUCAGCCCAGUAUGUUGCUGGUGUGCGAUCAGCCCAGUAUGAUACUGGUGUUAAAUCAGCUCAGUAUGACACCACUGUGAGAUCAGCCCAGUAUGAUACUGGUGUUAAAUCAGCCCAUUAUGACACCACUGUGAGAUCAGCCCAGUAUGAUACUGGUGUGGGAUCAGGCCAGUAUGACACACUGGAUGCUACGCAUCCAUCUUUCUCUUGGUCCACCUCCACGCUGCCCUCCUCCUCCACGGUGGUUGCUGGCAACACCAGCAGCUACACGUACCAAAUCGGCACCAACAACAUGCCGGGAGGAUCCUCGCCGCUCGGCCUCACCUCACCCUCGUCCCUGUCAGUUUACGGCUUUCAGAAUAAUCUGGCUCCUACCACUACAAGUGUGCUCACCACCAGCGGAGCUAACGUAAACGCUAGCCUAGGAGGUUAUGGCGUUCAGAAGAAUGUGUCAAAUGGUGGUGUCACAAGCACUGGAGUCUCUACAACCACUAGAUCCCAAACUGAUGACUCAUAUAAGAAAGACUAUAAGUUCCUGAUCUCUGACAAGGAGAACGUUCAAGCCAAGAGGGACACAGAUAUGCUCAUUUUGGCUAAAGACAGCGGGAAGCAGUUCACCAGCAGCAACAGCGUUCAGUUUGGAGGAGGGUCGCUGUCAGGAGAUUCAAUAAAGAAAGAGAAGCUCAUUUCAAGUUACAGUGAGACGAUGCCGCUGAAGACGGAGACAGGAAACUCUUACUAUGGGUCAUCUGGAGUUGUCAUGAAAGACAAAGCCACCUAUGCAGAGAUCCACAGGGACAGUGGCAUCUUCGGAGGUGGCGGGCUAUGCUGCUGCUCUGAUGCAUGUUGCUCCUGGUGGAAAUGGCUGCUGGGUCUUCUCCUCCUCUCCCUGCUCCUGCUGGGACUCCUGUUUGGGCUCAUUGCACUGGCUGAGGACGUGAGAAAGCUGAAGAAUCGCGUGGCCACCCUGGAGGCCUCGACCUCUGUCUUAAAUGCUGAGACCAGUCGACUGAUAGACAACAGAGUCAAUACUGACACCGAUGGUACCGACUUCACUGAAAACACUUCUCUUCAGACGACGAUCCAGCAAAUCUUAAGAGCUGAAAUGCAAUCACAGGCAUUCAAAGGUUUACUAGUAUCAUCAGUGCAGGGAGAGAGAGGACUUCCUGGACCUAAAGGGGACCCUGGAGCUAAAGGAGAUUCUGGUUUCACUGGACCUCCAGGUGCUCCGGGCCUGAUGGGACAUGCAGGCCCCGAGGGUCCGAAAGGACAGAAAGGAAACCAAGGUGAUCACGGGCUGGAUGGGCCGCCAGGUAUGAGGGGUCGUGAGGGCCCAGCUGGCCCCAGAGGUGAGCCAGGACCUUCAGGCUUUGGAGCAAAAGGUGAAAGAGGUCCUCCUGGAGAUCCUGGGGUUCCUGGGUCUGUGGGAUCUAUUGGACCAAAAGGCCCACCUGGACCUCCUGGGCUUUCUGGACCACCAGGCCAACCAGGUCCUCAGGGUUUCCGUGGCGAACCAGGCCCACCUGGGACUAAAGGUGACAGGGGGCUUGCUGGAUUUCAAGGACUUAAAGGUGAACAGGGUGACAAAGGUCUCAGAGGUCUGCCAGGUGAUUCUGGUUUACCAGGUCUACAAGGGCCAGCUGGAGAGAAAGGAACCAAAGGAUCCACUGGUGAUCAAGGACCUCCUGGGCCCCCUGGACUCAGAGGCCCUGCUGGGUCUCCUGGUGAUAAUGGAAUUCAAGGAGCACCUGGGCUUCAAGGACCACCAGGGAUACCAGGGAAUCCAGGACAGCCUGGCCCGAAAGGUGAAACAGGUGAACCAGGAAGAAUCAUCAACGCAGCUGGCUCCGCUUCUGUUGGUAUCCCAGGACCACCUGGGCCUGCUGGUCCUCCUGGCCCAGCAGGACCUCCAGGAUUAUCAGGUCCCAUUGGCCCUGCUGGUCUGCCUGGCCAAGCUGGUCCUAAAGGUGACAGGGGAGCUCAGGGAGAACCAGGAACAGGGAGAACGGCUGAUAGUGUAAGCUCAGACAGAGCUUCCAGGCUGUUUGUUGCCAGUGAUGCAUCAGGAAAACCCGGCCCGCCCGGCCCACCGGGUCCUCCUGGACGUCCAGGAGAUUCAAGACAAGGACCUCCAGGACCGCCUGGGCCUCCAGGUCAGCCAGGUUAUGGAAGACCAGGACCCAAGGGAGACAAAGGAGAUUUUGGAGGCUUUGCAUCCAACUCUGGCACGUAUUACACCGGACCACCAGGACCACCUGGACCAGCUGGGCCUUCUGGGCCUAAAGGAUCAGCAGGUUCUCCUGGACCAAGGGGAUACCAAGGUGAACCAGGCCAGCCAGGCGCCCCAGGAAGACCAGGAAGCUCUGAGAGGGUGACUUACUCCGGAGGACACGGGAUCCCUGGUCCACCAGGUCCACCAGGGCCUCCUGGACUUCCAGGACCACAAGGAUUUAAAGGGGACACUGGGGCUCCAGGUAUUCCUGGUUCUUCAAGAGGCUCCAUCUCAGUCACCUCAGGCCCUCCUGGUCCCCCAGGUCCUCCUGGUCCUCCAGGCCAUCCAGGCUCCUUUGCUUCUUCUAGUGAGAUGCACCAGUACAUCACUGACUAUCUAAGUAGAAGCAGACUGGCUGUUAUCGCCGGACCUCCAGGUCCACCUGGGCCUCCAGGAAUCCCUGGAACCUUCUCAGGCUCUAUGGAGGACAUCUCUACUCGCGUCAUUGCAUACAUACAACGUUCGGGCUCAGGCCUCAGCAUUGGUGUUCAGGGCCCUCCGGGACCUCCGGGUCCUCCUGGACCUGGCUCUGGAUCCCUGACGGUCGGUGGUCUCAUCGCCAUGCUUCAGAGAGACGAUGUGAGGAGAUAUUUGUCAGGACAACCAGGGCCACAAGGACCACCGGGACCACCAGGGACAUCAGGAGGAAUUUCAGGCAGUUACAGUGCAGAGGAGAUAGCCACUUAUGUCUUCAACUUCAUGAAUGAAAGAGGCAUCGCUAGAGGUCCACCCGGACCACCCGGUCCUCCUGGGCCUUCUGUUGCAGUGGGCUCCGGCUUCACUACCGCUACAAUUGACUAUUCUGCACUGAUAAGAAAUUCAGAAUUCCGCUCCUGGAUUAGCUCUGCCAUACAAAGUGGCCCUCCCGGUCCUCCGGGUGUCCAAGGGCUCCCUGGCCCUCCAGGCCCUCAGGGGCCACCAGGAGUCUCCACUGCCACUGUGUACGGGGCAGGAGGUCGUGGCUACAGCUUGGAGGAAAUUCAGCGUUACCUGCAGAGCUCUUCUCAGUUCAGAGGUCUUCCCGGCCCUCCUGGCCCUCAAGGUCCACCGGGACCACAGGGUCCACCAGGCAGUUACUCUGGAUCAGUUUCCUACAGUGGAAACUUCCCUCGGGAGAGCAUCCGCUCUGAAGUUCAAGAGUAUCUAACCAGUGACAGUGUACGUCGUUCCUUCAUUGGACAACCAGGGCCUCCAGGACCAAGGGGUCAGAAAGGAGAGCGUGGAGAUUCGGGUUACUUCCAGAGCCACACGCAGAGCCGGAGCUACUCCCAGGGCGACUCUCGCUAUGGCUCUGAGCACAGAGAGACCGACGUCAACAAGCUCGCAGAGACGCUGGACUACUCCAGCGUGGCCUUGAAAGUGACUGACUACAUCAAGAAUCAAGGCCUGCUGCAGCAGUAUCUAGUUGAGGGUCCUUUGAGGACAAAUGUCAGAGCGAUUCAAGGCCCCCCUGGUCCACCCGGACCUUCUGGACCACCUGGUCAGAGCCGCGUCUUCGCCGCCUAUGGCAACAUCACAGCUGACCUCAUGGACUUCUUCAGAAUCUAUGGCACCAUACCUGGCCCUCCAGGAAGCCCUGGACCAAAGGGAGACAGAGGGUACCCAGGACCCAGAGGAGACAAAGGUGAUCCUGGACCCCAGGGUUUACCAGGGUUAUACACAAUGCAAAUUCCACACAGAGUGCAGAAGAGGGAUACAGGCAAUGAAGUGAUUGGUCGUUAUAAGAAGCAUCGCCGUCGAGCCAUCGGGGGCUAAAGUGCUAACAUACUACUGGAUUAUGUCAGAAUUUCUUUUUACUCCUUUUAUUUUUUAGAUGUUCAACUGUAGCGAUGCAAGUAGUCAAAAUGCUCCUUUUUGUUGCCAUGUGUAGAAAAGUCAGAGGACAAAUUGAGAAAAUAAAAGCGGCCAAAACAAUGCAUCGGUGUCUUUAAAACAGCUUCAGUAGGAUCUAGCUGCUGGUCAGUGUUUCUGUAACACAAGACUUUUAUUUGGGGGUGUAUUAAGUUUACUUUGCUUAGUUAGAAGCUUGCAUUCAAACAUUUUCCAGGGGCAACUUUGCUUUAAGAGAAUAUCUAUUUUUAAGCAAUUGGCAAUUGCUGAAUUUUUAAAAUUGCACUUUGCAUCUUUUCCCAUUGCUUGUGUUAGUCGAGUGUCUGGUGUAGUUUCUUAAGUGUUUUGUCUUUUGAGGAAUAUAUUGUACUGAGGACUAUAUGUGUUACAUGUUGUGUCAACGCUUCAGUGUUUCAUAAAAUGCAAUAAUGGCAGAUUAUUCACAUAAAUCAAGCCAACCUCAGACCCCUGGCUGUUAUCCGGUCACUAAAUACAAAUUAUUAAAUAAUUAACAUUUUUAAAUAUAUAAAACAAAUGCAUCAUCUGAACCUGAGAGUCGGAGUGAGGGGGGGAUUGGGACGAGGGUUACAGUAAAUGUUAAUGUAGUCAGGACUGAGGAUUUAGUUGAAAGGUUUGUUGGAGACAUUAAUGGUUGAAAAACAGGGACUCAGAUAAUGACUGAUUGGAGUGUAUAUUUUUGUAUAAGAGCGCACUGAAAUUGAUAUAUUUUCUUUAUACCUUUAAAAGUGUUGGAAAGAUUAAAUUAUAAAAUGUUCCCAGGUUAUGUUUUACAUGAUUAGAUUUAUUGACAUUUGAUCAAUAUAUUUGAAAGACACACAAAUAAAUCUAUUUUUUU